UUGUCGGGGGGAAGCAAAAGCCGAGAACUUCAGAACGAGGUUAGACAGCCGAUUGGAACGACGUGAUACGGCUCAGGUCGAGAUAAAUAAUACAGCCGAAACAUGAGGAUCAUCGCCGAUCACCAGGUGGAAUGCACGGACCCUUCGAGAAUGGUUCGACCCGAGCCGAUUUUCGCCAACAAGCCCAUCGAAGCAUUCCGGCAAUACGAAGGCAACAGCAGCAUUCACGAACGCGUUUUUCGCACUUACAAAUUGAUGCACACGCACCAGACGACGGAAUUCGCUCAGCGCAAACUGAAUGAGUGGUGCAAAUUCGAUCGUUUUUCGGCAACCAUCAUGGAAGCUUUGGAACGUCUAAACGACUUGGUGGAUGAAUCUGACCCCGACUCAGACCUGCCGAACAUCGUUCACGCUUUCCAGACGGCCGAACGCAUCCGCCAUUCGCAUCCGGAUCGCGAUUGGUUUCAUUUGACAGGUCUUAUUCACGACCUUGGAAAGGUGAUGGCAUUUUACGAGCCUCAAUGGGCAGUUGUCGGCGACACUUUUGUGUGCGGAGCGGCUUUUGCUCCAUCUAUUGUCUACCGUUCGAAUACGUUUGAGGAAAAUCCGGAUUUAAACGACGCUCGUUACAACACCCAAUACGGCAUUUACUCUGCCAACUGUGGGCUGGAUCAAGUGACCAUGUCCUGGGGACACGACGAAUACUUGUACCGCGUGUUGCGCAAUCACGGCGCUACCCUUCCGGACGAGGCUCUCUACAUGAUCAGGUAUCACUCGUUCUACCCGUGGCAUUCCGGAGGCGAUUAUAUGCACCUGAGUUCCGAACGUGACUUGCAAAUGCUCCCGUGGGUCCGCGAGUUCAAUGAAUUUGAUUUGUACACCAAAAGCGACUCGUUGCCCGACUUGGAGGCCCUCACUCCUUAUUACCAAUCAUUGAUUGACAAGUAUAUUCCCGGCACGGUUCGUUGGUGAAGUUUUCAAUACAUUUUUAAACAAUUGCAAACAUUUUUGCAACCGAUGCGCGGUGUUGCGUAAUUUUGCACGGACAUUUUUACUUGAAAAUUUAUUUUGCAAAAAGAGAAAACGAAGAGCUCCCGGAAUUACGGUUGGCGACUUGCAUUUGUUUGUUUGGUUUGUUGGCACAGUGGUGGUGUGAUCAGAUUCAUCGAAAUUUUGGUGUUUGAUAAUUUUGUGCAUUCGUAUUUGGUAACAGCUGUUGUAAAACGAUAAGCAAAAAUUUGAACCUAAUAGUAGGCCUAAAUAAAUAGUAAAUUUGGCCGACCACUUA